AUGGCUACCGCGAUGGUCGCUGUGCAGUCCGAAGACAUCGCCCACGAACCCCCCACACUCGGCUUGAACGGCUCAAUUGCCAAUCAAGCUGGUGUCUCUCCCCUGAACACCACGAACAAGAGCCUCCUUGUCGUCUCUCCAUACCAUGAAGAGGCUCACUUACUUGAUCUCGCCACCUUGAACACCCCAAAUCAACUCCUCGCGAAGGCUCUCGUCAACUUGGAGUUCAUCCGAGACGACCACCGCACUGCUGCGUACGCCGAGUCCUUCAACUGGUCCGAGAUUAUCGAUUCCGUGCGUCAAUUGGCUGAGCAGUCCGACUUCGAGUGGAAGAGAACCGACUUCUACAUUGUCGCGUUCAGAUCCCAAAUCCCGCCCACCACCGACUAUUCUCACUUGGGUGAUCUCGACAAAAAUGCGCAUGCGGAGGCGACAGCUAGCGGAGGGUUUUUGAAGUAUAAGUUCUCGACCCCCGAUGCCGAGGGCAGAAACCUCGCGACUUGCGUGUGGCGCAGUUUGCAUGAUGCGCGGAUUGGAAGUGUCGGCCCGCUCCAUCGAACUGCUUCAAUGGCUGCUGUAAAAUUGUACACGAGCUGGGAGAUCGAACGCCUGAGACUCAUCAUCCAUGACAAUGUGAAGUCAUGGGAGCUAGUGGACUGGGUGAACUGA